AUGGCCGGUCGGAGGCUCGCGCGGCUCGCUCAGAUUGAAAUCGUCCAACGUUCAUAAAGAGGAGCUGUCUGCAGUUGUUCUCCAUUUCCAUUGACACUAAGCGCCGUAGAGGGAUAUAUUUCUUUAUUCAUGAUGGGGGACUUUAACGAGAGCACACACUUGAGUAAGGCCUUCUCGUACGAUCGCUUCCAGAGUGUUGAGGAUGGAGGUGCGGAGGAAAAACCAAUAAAAAAGUUAUGUUUUCAAAUGAUCCCGAAAAGGAUAGUUGUGUCAUUCAUGAUGUUUCUUGGAUGUGCUAACAUGGGCGUCCUCCGCAGUGUACUGAGCGUAGCCAUUGUUGGAAUGACAACUAACCACACCGUCAGAAAUGUCAACGGCACUGAAGUUCUUGAGGGUGGUUUCCAGUGGAAUUCCCGCUUACAGGGUGUCGUACUGAGUUCAUUCUUCUACGGUUAUGUCCUAACCCAGAUACCGGGUGGAUGGCUAGCUAAUCGUUACGGUGGAAAGAUAGUGUUCGGGAUAGGUACUGCGGUGACCGGACUUCUCACUCUCAUCCUUCCAGUGUGCGCCAAGGAGAAUGUCUAUUACAUCAUAGCACUGCGGACUUGUCAAGGCUUGGCUUUGGGGGUGUGUUUCCCUGGUAUAUACGGCAUCAUGAGAAACUGGGUGCCGCCUCUCGAAAGAAGUAAACUAAUGACCACGUCUAUUGCAGGCAAGGAGAUUGGCGUACUAAUCUGCCUCGGUCUGUCAGGUGUACUCACAGAGAUCUUAGAGUGGCCUUCGGUGUUCUACUGUUUUGGUACCCUCGCUCUGAUAUGGUGUAUAGGAUGGCUUUUUGUGGUAUAUGAGACGCCCGAGAGUCAUCCUACAAUAACACAGGAAGAGCUAGAAUAUCUCAACAAGAACGUCGGCUGCAUGACAUCAUCAAAGCAUAACGUACCCUAUAGAAAAAUCUUCACCAGUUUGCCAGUGUUGGCCAUCAUCAUUCUUGACAUGUGUACCUACUGGAGUUACUACCUUAUGCUGGCGGAGUUGCCUACCUAUAUAAGCCAAGUACAUCACUAUCAAAUAGAAAAGACAGGCUGGAUAUCGGCGCUGCCCUACGCCUUUCUGUUCUUCAGUGGAGUAAUCAGCGCCCAGAUAGCCGACUUGCUCAUCUCUAGCAACAAAAUCUCCAGGACGAGAGCAAGGAAGCUAUUUUCAACACUAUGUUGUAUAGGAUUGAAUUCUUUCCUUUUGGGAGUGGCUUUCUCCAAUAACGGCGUGGUGGCAGUUCUGUGUCUCAACAUAUCAUUUACAUUCCUUGGCUUGUCGUACCCAACCUUCCCAGUCAAUGCCCUGGACAUAGCCCCGCAGUAUUCCAGCAUCAUUAUGGGCGUAUCCAACUGUGCGACGGUUAUGUCCGGCAUCAUUAGCCCUAUUGUAACUGGACACAUAGUUGUCGAGGGGACUGCCCUCGAAUGGCGGACCGUGUUCUGCAUGACUGUCGUGAUUCACGUUUUCGGCUCUGCCUUCUACCUUUUCUUCGCCUCCGGUGAGAGGCAGCCGUGGACUGAGGAAUACCAACAGCACUUCGAUGAGAUUGACGUCACGGAGAAUCCUGAACAGUUUACCUUAAACAAAGAUGACGUUACUGGUGAAAAGUAUCAGAAAUUCGAUGAAUGAACAACUGCACGUAGCCUAUAAUACAUGUACAUGUAUACAUGUACGUGACAAAUUUUAGCAAGAGUUGUGUAACUGAUCGUCACCAAAGUGGAGUUUGACAAUGUUCAAGCUUAAGGUACAUUUUGAAUAUGUCGUCGAUUUUCAGUUUGAUCCAUGACCAGUGUAAACCCAAAGGUUUGAGAAGCUUAUACAAUGUAGUUUGUGGCCUUAGCUUAGUUUGUGGUCUUUGAUCGGAAUUUGAAGAAGUUCUAAGCCCUGCUAAGUGUCGGGUCGAGAGAUAUGCGAUCCUGUCCCCUCUCCUCAAGUAAAAUGUAGUCUACCGUGAGUGAAAAUCGCGCAGCCGGUAAGAGGACAUCCUGAGAUCAGGCUUUUUUUACUCCUACGUUUGAAAUAUUGAGAGGCGGAGUAUCGUGAAAACAACUGGUGCCAGGAUGGCAAGAGGAAGGCUUUGAAUUAACCAAACUACACUACAGCGACACUGGAUUACAGGUUAGAUGCAGUCCAGGUACAGCACUCUUGCUUGACAUUAAUUUCAAAGAGAAAUCUAGGCCCCAAGGUCCGAAAGGAGAAAUCGAGAAAAUUGCGAAGUCCUGCGGAAAAGGUGACAUCAUCUCAGAUGCGGAAUAAUCGCGACCACAUGGUGUCAUG